CUGUUCCAUUCCAUUUGCUUCUUUUAUCUCCUUCAUCUUCCUUCCUCCAUUCUCUUUCUCUGCACUUGAUCCUCCUUGUUUUCUAUUCUCUCUAGGGUUCGAGUUCCGGGACUCUCUUUUCUUCCCUUUCUUUAAUCCUCUCUCCACCUUACAUAUUUAAAGAUUAUAAAAAAAAAAAACCAAUCCAAUCUAAUUUCUCAGCUUCAGCUCCUAUUUGAAUCCUUUUUUUUUUUUUUUAAUUAUUACUAGUUUAUUUAAAUAAUUUUUCUCGUUUUUCUGGGUUUCUUUUGAUGUGGGUAUGGCGGGGUUUGAUUUAGGCACAGCAUCUCGUUAUGUUCAUCAACUUCACCGGCCGGACUUGCACUUGCAGAUGCAACAAGAAUCCGAUGAAGACAACAAUAGAGGUCAGUUUUCCGAAGAUCAUGAUGAUACAAACCACCAAGGACUCGAGCUCGUCUCCGCCAACAGCGGUGGAGGUGAUAUCGGUGGCCGAAGACCAAGAGGUCGGCCACCCGGUUCGAAGAACAAGCCAAAACCGCCGGUAAUUAUCACCAGAGAGAGUGCAAAUACCCUUCGAGCUCAUAUCUUGGAAGUCGGCAACGGUUGUGAUGUCUUCGACUGCGUAGCAACUUAUGCUAGACGCCGGCAGCGUGGGAUCUGUAUUUUGAGUGGAAGCGGAACUGUUACUAAUGUAAGCUUACGGCAACCGGCGGCGGCUGGAGCGAUCGUGACAUUACACGGGCGGUUCGAGAUAUUGUCGUUAUCCGGUUCGUUUUUGCCACCACCGGCACCACCGGGUGCGACAAGCUUGACGAUAUUUUUGGCCGGCGGACAAGGUCAGGUCGUCGGUGGGAAUGUCGUGGGUGCGCUGAUUGCGGCUGGACCGGUCAUCGUUAUAGCAGCUUCAUUCACUAACGUGGCGUAUGAGCGGCUACCGUUGGAGGAGGAGGAGCAGCUUCAGAUACAACCACCGGUUUCGCAGUCUUCGGGUGGUGGUGCGAAUGGAGGUGGCGGAGCUGGUGGUGGUGGUGUUAACAACCCCUUUCCUGAUCCGUCUUCGGGUUUGCCAUUCUUCAAUUUGCCGCUCAAUAUGGGGAAUUUACCAGUUGACGGUUGGGCUGGUAACGCAGCUGGGCGACCUCCGUACUAAC